GUCUUAUUCCGUGCAUCUUAUCUCUCCCUGAACCCCAACUACGAUAUCCGACAGCAUGCCUGUCGUACAAUUCGCGCCUUUCUCAUCUCUCGUUCAGCCAGGAUUCUGGCAUGAACUCACUAGAUUGAAGAUCGAUAUCCUCCGCCUUUCAGACGAGUCGUUGACGGUCAACGGAUCAUACAGCGUCGGCAGAUCCGUCAGAGAUCGCGAAACGGGUCAAGAUGUGGCAUUGGGUUGUAACCUGGUUCUGGGUGCAGCCGCGUUUGAACAGCCGUCGCAGGUGCCCCCGAUGUCUGUCGCGAUACGUGGGGUGUUUAAGAACUACAAUACGAUCGAAGAAUUCAAAGUCGCAGAUAAAGCGUCGAUUUUUAACGAGGUCACUAACGACAUAAAUAUCAAUAUUUACUACUGGUUCGCAUUCCCAGCCUUCGUAGCUAAACCUGCGUGGGAUAUAUCAACAGAAGGCUGGAAAGCUGCAGACCAUGAACUCAACGCGUCACAGCUGACAUCCAUAUUCGAGUCGUUACAUGCCCAAACGAAGCCAUUCUUCCUUUUCAUCCCAAUGGAUGAGGCGGACGUGUUCUUUGCAAGCGAUUCCCCUGACUCUACUAUUGUAGGUUUCCUCGAUCCGUCCGCUUCCCCUGAUAAUCCUGGAUGGCCUUUGCGGAAUCUCCUUACGUACCUCCAAACACUCUACCCAUCUAAGACAGACGGUGAACUGCCUGUUGCUGGAAGAGCAUGGAAGAGUCGUUUUGGUGUCGUUGCAAGCGGAGGCGAUCGUCAGUCCGUCAAACCUACAGCGGUGGGAUGGGAAAGACACCCUACGACGAAUAAGCUCACUGCCCGUAUGGCGGAUUUGGCUCCGAUGAUGGAUCCUACUAGGCUCGCUGAUCAGGCGGUGGAUCUCAACCUGAAGCUCAUGCGUUGGCGGAUUAUUCCUUCUUUAGACCUCGAAAAGAUUGCACGCACUAGGUGCCUUCUUCUUGGCGCAGGGACGCUGGGCUGUUACGUAGCUCGCACGCUAAUAGGUUGGGGAGUUCGUACCAUCACGUUGAUCGAUUCUUCUCGCGUGUCGUUCAGCAACCCAGUCCGGCAACCCCUUUUUGAUUUCGACGAUUGCCUGAACGGCGGGAAGCCUAAGGCGGCAUGUGCGGCCGAGCAUCUCAAGAAAAUCUUCCCUGGAAUCAAUGCCACAGGAUACAACUUAUCUAUACCCAUGCCCGGCCACCCGAUACCCGUAUCCUCAAGGGAGCAAACACAGAAGGACGUUGAGUUGCUCGAGAAGUUGUUUGAUGAGCACGAUGCUAUUUUUCUUCUAAUGGACUCGCGCGAAAGUCGGUGGCUACCUACUGUACUCGGAGCAGCUAAGAACAAGAUUGUCUUGAAUGCCGCACUUGGUUUUGACACCUACGUUGUAAUGAGGCACGGUGCUCGUGCAGCUGCUUCAGCCCCGAACUUUCAACGUCUUGGAUGUUACUAUUGUAACGAUAUUGUCGCGCCGACGGACUCGCUGACCGACCGCACGCUCGAUCAAAUGUGUACAGUGUCACGACCGGGCCUAGCACCAAUCGCAGCAUCCACUGCCGUUGAGUUGAUGGUAUCCCUGCUACAGCAUCCUGACGGUGCCCACGCCCCGCCACCGCCACCGCAAUCCACUACCGCCAACGACAUUGGAUCUGAGUCUGCGUCCAACAGCGUUCUAGGUCUCGUACCACAUCAGUUACGCGGCUUCCUGGCGCAAUUCCGCACUCUCCCGGUUACAGGCGCCGCAUUUGACGGAUGCACUGGGUGCAGUGAAGCGGUAAUAAACGUUUACGAGAAGGAGGGUUUUGCAAUGAUCCUGCGUGCUUGCAAUGAGACAGGCUACCUGGAGGUUCUUACUGGACUGGACAAGUUGUACAUGGAAGGGGAUGCUGCACUAGAAAGCGUGGAUUGGGAGGAAGACGAGUAGGUCGCGAACAAGUAUCCGGUAUCUUGCUUUAGGUAGCAUGGUGCCUUCUAGGCUCCUAUACCUUUUCUGUACCUUAUUCAGUGGGCUUAGGUUCGUUAACGGAACAAUGGUACCAAAUCAUGC